AUGGGAAGAGCUCCAUUGUGUUUCCACCCCCAAAGGGCGCCCCCCUCUACACUGCAAUUCCUCUUCGUGACAAUGGGUAAUUAUCUUUCCUCUCUCUCCAUGUUCUCUCUCUUCAUAUUUUUAUCUCUCUCCUCCGCAGCCCACCUCCACCAACCCCGUCAUCCCCAACGCCUCCACCAACCCCGUCAUCCCCAACGUUUGUACCAACCCCGACAUCCCGGCCGCCCCCACCACCAACGCCGCCCAUCCCCAGCGCAACCCUCUGAUAUCUCAGCCAAACAAGCGAUUAGCCUUGCAUGCAAGGCCACACGAAACCCAGAAAAAUGCGAGGCCCCAUUGGUCAACUCCAACAACGUCCCUCCAAACCCGACUCCGAUCCAAAUCAUCGAAUUGGCGGUGCGGGUCGCAUCCGAAAAAGUCAAAGCCGCCGAGUUAAUGCUCCAGCCUAUUGUGGACUCGUAUGCAGGCGAUCCCAUCCGCCUGAUCGCAGCCAAGAACUGUCUGGAGAUCCACCGUCUCACCGAGUACCGUCUCUCACGGACGGCUGAGGUAUUGCCACGUGGCGAUAUCAAGAACGCUCGGGCUUGGAUGAGCGCUGUCGUGACGUACGCAUAUGAUUGUUGGUCUGCAUGGAAGAACGUGAGCGAUAGUCAAACGGUCGCGUUCCUUGAGUCGUUGAUCGAGUUGACAACCAACGCUCUGAGCAUGAUUGUGUCGUAUGAUAGGUUUGGGAAUGAAAUCGGGAAGUGGAAACCGCCCGGGACGGAGCGGGUCGGGGAUUGGGAGGUUGUGGGUGGACCGGGUCCUGGGUUGGGGUAUAAAGGUGGGUUUCCGUCUGGUUUGAAGCCGGACGUGACAGUGUGCAAAGGCGGUAGCGGAUGUAACUUCGGGACAGUGCAGGAGGCCGUGAACGCCGCACCGAACAACCUCGAGGGGGUGCGGAGGUUUGUGAUCCGGAUUAAGGAGGGAGUGUUUGAGGAGACGGUUCGGGUCCCAAUGGAAAAGAGGAAUGUAGUGUUUUGGGGGGAGGGUAUGGGCAAAACUGUCAUUACAGGGUCCUUGAAUGUGGGCCAGCCUGGGAUGAAUACCUACAAUACAGCUACAGUAGGAGUGCUUGGUGAUGGAUUCAUGGCACGUGGUCUAACUAUCAAGAACACGGCAGGCUCAGCUGCCCAACAAGCAGUAGCUUUCCGAUCAGAUAGCGAUCUAUCAGUUAUCGAGAACUGUGAAUUCAUUGGCAACCAAGACACUAUAUACUCUCACUCCCUUCGCCAAUUCUACAAAUCAUGCCGAAUCCAAGGCAAUGUGGACUUCAUAAUGGGAAAUUCAGCUGCAAUCUUUCAAGACUGCCUCAUCUUAAUCAGCUCCCGAACCGGUGACAACAAUGCCAAUGCCGUGACAGCAGUCGCAGCACAUGGCAGAAUUGACCCUGCCCUAUCAACCGGCUUUGUUUUUCAAAAUUGCGUGGUCACUGGUACGGACGAGUACAAUGCACUACGUCAAAGUAAGCCUAAUGUACACCAGAAUUUCUUGGGGAGGCCUUGGAAGGAGUUUUCGAGGACAGUUUUCAUAAAUUGUAAGCUGGAGGCUCUUAUUACACCAGAAGGGUGGAUGCCUUGGAGUGGUGAUUUUGCAUUGAAGACACUUUACUAUGGCGAAUUCGGCAAUUCCGGUCCCGGAGCUGAUUUGUCCAAAAGAGUACCGUGGAGUAGCCAAAUUCCGGCUGACCGUAUUAACAUGUAUUCAGUGCAGAAUUUCAUUCAAGGUGAUAAAUGGAUUCCAUCAUCUUAAUUAUUGGGUUACAAUGAUUGUUGUAAUGGGGUCUGCUUUUCCAAAAUUUGGUGUAUGUUUGAGUUACUCUG